GCGGGAGGGCGCGGAGCGGUUCUUCGGGGCGAGAGAGGGUCGGAGCGUCGGUUCGGCCGGGGAGGAGCGUCCCGCGGCGGAGAGGGUUCGGCCGCCCCCGGGGGUAGAUGACAACCCGGGGGGAGAACUCAGAACUUGAAGCCAGAGAAGCCUGCGAGUGGCUGAGGGCUGCCGGCUUUCCCCAGUAUGCUCAGCUAUUCAAAGAUAUGCAGUUUCCUAUUGAUGUAAAAACUGUGAGGAAAGACCAUGAAUUUUUAGAUGGAGAUGAGAUUGAAUCCUUGUUCAGACGGCUGAACACCUUGAACAAGUGUGCAUCAGUUAAAGUGGAAGUGAGCCAUCAAAGGAAACAGAGUGAUGACUCUGAAGAUGAUGAACCUUGUGCCAUAAGUAACAAAUGGACGUAUGAGAGGUGCAGCCAGAGAUGGUCUCGUAUCGAGAGCCUAGAAGGAGGAGAGGAAGGUGCUAGUGCAUCAGCUCCAGGCAGCCCAGUCCUGAAGAACAUCAGCAACGAGAAUACUGUCUUUCUGGAUCAUGGAGAGAAACAUGAUGUAUCCUCAGUUCACAGUACCAGCAGUGGUGACAGUGACCUUGUUAGCUUCCCCAAAGCUUUUGAAGAUGUGGAAACCAGCACCAGUUCUUCACAAUGUUCCUCAGUUAAGGUGGCUUCACUGGACUCUACCUUUAGCUGUUCUCCUCCCCCCUGUGAAUCUGUAAAUAUCAUCAGUGAGGAGAAAUUUGCAGAUAAGUCAUUUUAUAAAAAGAGGAAGAGCCUUCUAAAGAAAAUGGAGAAGUUGCACUUAAGGAGUUGCAACUUAAGGAGUGGUCAGUCAAAGGCCAAACCCAUAAUAAGUGAACCUGUUCUUCUGGAAGGACUCAAUGAAGAAAAGAUGAAGAUGCUGAACUGUGUAAAUAUUUCUGACCUCUCUGGCAUCCAGACAAAGAACAAGUCUUCCUUUUCUCCCCAGAGCUGCAAUAACAGCAAUCAGCCUGGAAAUAGCAGCACAGUGAGCACUGCAGGCCCUGCUGUGAAACCGCAAAGCCCCUGUGAGGGAAGGGAGUUGUAUGCAGAGAACUUGGAUUCCAGCAAGCUCUUGCUGUGGAAUGAUCUCUCUCAGCAAAACCUAAAUAAUGACACGAAGUUACAAAUGAACCAGAUGUUUCAAAUACCACAAGGCCAUAAACCUGGCACUUUCCCCAAAGCACUUACAAACAGUUCCCUGUCUCCCAUAGACAACUCUUCCGUCAACUGGAGAACUGGGAGUUUCCAUGGGUGCAGGAGAAGCAGGAGCAGCAGCAGUUGCAAGGACUCCAAAGCCCCCAGGAGCCCCCUUUCUCGCACAGAUAACAGGCUCAGUGUCUAUGACAACAUGCCCAACAUUGAACUUGACAAUUUGGAGGCAGCACAAGUUGGUGAUGAUGAUGUUUUUUCAGAACUGAACCAUGUUAUAGAAGAUGUCAACUGCCUCAAAAAGUUGGUUGAUCAGUGGACAGAGAAGUUCGCAGAUGAUGGGGAUUUGGACUUUGCCAGUGAUUUGACCUCUCUGCAUCCAUCCUCACCUAAAGAAAUCUGUCUUGAGACAGAAGGCUCAGAAUAUAAGACAGCAGACCUCCUGGCCACUGAGGGGAAGAACAAGUGUGAAUUGGGCAAGGAGAUCAGUUCUGUAGACCUGACAUACACGACAGACGCUGAAAAGACCAACAGGCAUGGGAAACAACACUGGUCUGUGGAAGACAGCAUGCACUUGGAAAGCCUUUCCAUCCAGACUGACAGCCAGUCAGCUGCCCAGCUAGCCCGGGCACAAAAGCUGGCUUUGCUGAAGCUCACUGCUUUAAUGGACAGAUACUCCCCUUCCAGUAAGCAGGGCUGGAACUGGUCUAUACCGAAGUUCAUUAAAAAAGUAAAAGCCUCUGACUACAAGGACAAAAAUGUGUUUGGGGUUCCUUUGCUUCUGAAUGUCCAACGAACGAGCCACCCCCUGCCUAACGGGAUACUGCAAGCACUGGACUAUUUAAGAAGCCACUUUCUUGACCAGGUUGGCCUGUUCCGAAAAUCUGGUGUCAAAUCCAGGAUUCUCUCUUUGAGAGAAAUGAAUGAAAGCAGUCCACACAAUGUAUGUUACGAGGGGCAGUCAGCAUUUGACGUGGCAGACAUGGUGAAGCAGUAUUUCCGAGACCUUCCUGAGCCCAUCUUUACCAGCAGGCUCUGCGAAUCCUUCCUCCACAUCUACCAAUACAUGCCAAAGGAGCAGCAGCUUCAGGCUGUCCAGGCUGCUAUUGUCCUUCUCCCAAAGGAAAACCGAGAAGCUUUGAAAAUCCUCCUGUUCUUCCUGCGAGAUGUGGUUGCUUUUGUGGAGGAAAACCAGAUGACCCCCACCAACAUCGCUGUUUGUCUGGCACCUUCUUUGUUCCACCUCAACACUCUGAGGCGGGAUAGUUCCUCCUCCUCCACCAGAUCUAGUCAGAGGAAGUGCAGCCUGGGGAAGCCAGACCAGAGGGAGCUGAGUGAGAACCUGGCAGCAACACAGGGCUUGGCCCACAUGAUAAUGGAGUGCAACAGACUCUUCCAGACAGACUUCCCGGCAUGACCUCGGCCUUUGCACAUCUUUAUGAACUUGCCUGGUGAUCACUGGACUGUGGCUGAUCCUGGUUGCUGUCACUGGACCUGAUCCCAAUCUCCCUUGCUGGCUCACUUUCUUGGCUCAACCUCAGGUCUCAUCAUGGUGGAUGUGGAUGUGUCCGAUGGUCUGGACUCCUGUCUGACCCUGGCUGCCAGUUCUGGCCCAGCUCAGGUACUGUGGGAUCAGUCAGCUGCCCUGCCGGCCCUCUAUCCCACUCACUUUUUCCUUGGGGGGCUGCCAGCCCUCAGUGCACCCCUCAGUUGGCAGCUUGGGCCUCCUUGUGCUCCGGCACUGUGUCUGGGCAGGGCCACUGUCCCAUGGCUGCUCACAGCCCUGAGCCAGGACUCCCCCAGGCUUCUGAGUGACAGCCCCCUCCUCAGCCUGGGUUCUGAUCUCUCCAUGGCAUCAGCCCCCAACCUGGCCAGGGCUCCUAUGACCCCCCUCUACCCCCAGCCCAACCAUGGGUCCCCAUUUCCUCAGCAGUGGCCCAAACCCAUUGGCCUGGCUCUCAGGUCCCUUGGGAUGCCUUGAUACCUGCCCCUCACCCUACAGACAGCUCUGGUGACAAGGGAGCUGGUCCCCAAAACAGCCCCACAGGGACUCUGAGCUGCCCUUGGACUCACAGCCACCCCACACGCUCCUGCUGUGACUGGGGUUCUCCACAAGCAGUGCUGAGGCCAGGCCUGUGUGCUGUGGGGCUGCCCCUGGCUGAGGGCAUCCUGCUGCCAUGGCCCUGCCCUGCCUGGGGAGGGAUUGGUGCUGACACUCAGAUUGCCUGGAGGUUGAUCCCCUUCUGCUGGUGCCCACGAGAGGCCCUGGGCAGCUCCACGGGGCAGCCUCAGCCAUCCUGGGCCUGGACCUGCUCCCACUGCUCUGGACCCAGACGCUGCCUGGACCCUGAGGCCGUCGCUGGAACGUGGCUGCUGCUGCCUCCACCUGCCCCUCAGCCUCAUCCCCACCUCAGCCUCCUCUCAGCCUGCUCCCUGCCUCAGCAUCUCUGCCCAGGACCCGCUGUUGCUCACCACUGCUGUUCCCAGACCGGCUCUGCUUUUCCCUCAGGUACCACACAGUUGCCUUGAUCACGAGACAAACAUCCUGAGUGCCAGGGUCUCACACUGCUGGGGAGCCUGCUCAGAUCCCUUGAGAGCUCUGUGCUCUGCUGAGAGAUGCCAGAGAUGAGACUGAAAGCUGGGUGAUGUGCUCUCACCUGGCAAAUAAGGGCACAGCUACAUCCUCUGCACAGGCUUAAUCCCCAGGAUGUCGAAUCCUUUGGCCAUGACCAUGGCAGUGGCUUCACACAGCAGCAGCCUCCACAUGUUCACCUUUGCGACCUGACCUGCAAAGCACCAACAGAGAAGCUGGAGCAGCUGCUCCCAACAUCCCACACUGCUGUCCCCAGGAAGCCCUAUCUGCCCGCAGCCUGGCCUUGGGCAUGUUGAGCCCCUUGCUCCCAGCCAGCCAGACUGACCAGCUCUCGUGUUUCCAGGUGCCCUCCAGGAAGACUCAACCUUCCCGCUCAGAGGCUGCGCCAGUCACCAUCCCUCCUCCCCCAUGAACACCACUUGUUCUGCAGGAGUGACUAGUGCAACAACAGCCUUCCCAGCACAGAGAAACACCCGCCAGCACUCACCACUCUGCCUGUCCUUCUCAACGCAGUAGCAGUUGUCAUAGAACUCAGUGAAGGUGGUGGCCAGCUCAUAAAGGUAGUCACAGAGCGUGUGCAACAACAAGUCCUCCAGGAUCUUCUGCAAGAUCUCAGGGAACCUCAGGAUGCACUUGCCCAGCUUCCACUCCUUCUCAUGGUCCAGGAUGAGCACCUCCUCCCUGGCUGCCUUCCGCAGCAUCUGCUCGUCAAUGUUGGCUAGGCGAGCAAUAGCCCUGCAAAGACCCACACAGGCUGCUGGUGAGGCUCCUGUGUUAGCCUGCAGCUGGACAUAUCUCUGGCCUGUCUCAGGGCUAGCACUGGCCACUCACUGGCCUCCUCACUUGCCUUGGCCUGGGUUACCAGGUGAAGAGAGUCAGGAGCCCCAGGAGGAGCUGCAGCCGAGGGAAGAGGGAGGGAUGUGCUCUGGGCACAUGUCCCAGUGAGGACCCGCUGCCAAGCAAACCAGCACUCAGGGUGCCAGAAAAGCCAUGUGGGGAGGUGAGCAACUGCUGGAACACAGGCUCAGCCCCCUCCAUCCACCUGACUCCCCAGGAGCUCCCCUACCUGAUGCGGGUAAAGGCGUAGAGCAGGUAGGCAGCCGUGUUCCCGCGGUCAUCCAGCAUCUUGUCGAAGGAGAAGACGUAAUCGUUGAGCCUGUUGUGGGACAGGUCUGCGUAUUUGAUACACCCAAAAGCCACUGAUGUCUGGGCAGCUUGCAGCUCUUCUGCUGUGAGGACCUGGUGGAAUUUCAAAGCAGAUAAGAGUCAUCAAGAAGGAUUUGUUGGUGGCGCAGGCAGCCCUGUGCAUGGCUCCAGCUCAGGCUGCUGAGGGAAUUCAUCCGCCUGGCACUUGGUGAAAGGCUCACGCCAGCUUUUCCACCUUGAGACAUCAGAUAACCCCCAAUCCUCAAAUCUCCUGCACCCAAAGGGCACUGCAGCCCUGCCUGGCUCGAGGCUCCUGGCUCGAGCCAGGCUCUACUCCUGAAGGACUUACUUCCGUCCCCACAAUGUAACAGCCACGUGGCACUUCAACCCUUAGAGAGCAUUUUGGACCGUUCAAACACUCACAGGUGGAACAGAGCCCUGUCACCAUGGCACAGCACUUCGUGUCUGACUCCUAUCAGCUCCCAGGAGCUUUUCAUGGUCUUGUUUUUUUCUUUCCUGUGCUUCCCCAGGUUCCUGUUUCAACAGGGACUUUUCAUUCCGACCCUCUGCUACACAGCACCAAGGAGCUGCACUUCCCAACCGCACUGCCUCACGCAGGGCUGGCACAGAGUUUGGUCUCACACUGUCCAGUUCUCUCCAGGCCAUUGAGAUCAAGACAGAUAGAACUUUCUGUUUCGGGGCUAACACCAGCCACCUGCUGAUCUCCUCACUUUGCUGGAAGCUCUUAACCUUCCAGCAAACUCAAUCCCAGCCUCCAAGGGAAAGGAUGAAGCCUGAUGCCAAAGCCCCCUGAAGAAGAUUCUGUGAUUACCAGAAGCCUUCAGCCUCUUCAGGCCAAGGCUGCAAUUCUGGAGUCUGUCACCACCUCCUGCAUCCUGGGGCAGUCAUUGCUGUUGCCAUCACAGCUGAUGGUACCUGCAAGGCCAGGUACCCUGCCAGACCCAGUUCUCCUCCCUGUGCAGGAGUCAGAGGCCAGCAUGCUGCCUCCAGCUCACCUUUUCUCACUGCUCCACACUCAGGGCUGUUGCAGCCUGAUAUCACACUACCCAAUAACCACACUGCCUGUGUACACAACCUCCUGGGCAGUUUGGCAGAGUACAUAUCCAGAACAUGGAAAGCACAAGUCUGUGAACAACUGUGGGCAGUUCUCAGGAAAGAGAAGCAAUUGCUCAGAGCUACCUUGUCCCGUUCCUUGUCCUUCAGCUUGUCCAUGGCCCGUCUCAGCCCUUCCUCCAGCAGAUCCAUGAGACGCACUGUGUCCCCAGAACGAGUUUUGAAUUUCUUCCUGCAAACAAUCACACACAGCCAAAAUGACACCCUGCCUGAGAGGCAAAACUUCCCCACAAACCAUGGGAAUCUCAGAGAGCAGAACGAAGGUUCCAACAGGCAGAACUGUCCCAGUUCCAGACACUGGGCAGGACAUGCCACCAGUGCCAGCCCCCUGCCCAGCCCAGCAAGUCACCUUUCGUUUUGUAAGAAACCAGUGACUGUUGCCACUGUGCUUCCAGCAGCCCUUCCCAGUGCCAGGCAGCAGUAGCCAGGCCCAAAAGGGAACCUGCCCCCAGCACGUGCCACCUACGUACUUGUCAAUAAACAAGAGGAAUCUUCUGCAUUCACUCAAACAUCCUCUUCAGAGAGCGUACAGAGGGAAAAACUACAUCCAAAUACUUACUUGUCUUCUCCCAGCACCACUCCAAAGGGAGCAUGGACCACUCUGGUUACUUUGGGAUCGUACCAGCCAAUCAUCUGUCCAGCUGCAUACACUGUUUGUAAAUGCAUCGACUGCAAGAAACAAACACCAACAACUGGUUCUCAACCCGCUCCUCCAAGUACAGUUUCCUUCCCAGUUCUAUCUCUCUCCUUCACAAUGAGACUUCGAAUAUUUCCAGCUCUACUGAUAAAUUUCACCUCACAGAGAGUUCAACCUUUCAAAGAGUUUUUCCCCUUGCUUACCGAAGCAGCAACUGGCAAAUUCCCAUCACUGCUCAGGUAUGGGGCUGACCAUCUUGCAUGUCCUCAGGUGAGGAGAGACCUGGGUAUACGCAGUACAAGUCUCAUCCAGACUCACCUAUUGAGAGAUUUGGGCUUCACCCACCUCCAGUGCUAAGUGGGUCUCACCCUAAUCAAUGGAUUUUAAGGGCUCUUCAUGGAGGCUGCCAGCCACUGAACGAGAUUCACCACUACACAAUAAGGGUAACAGCCAAUACACCACACUACAAACCCAACAGCGUUCUACCUGUGCCACUGCUGCAUCCAUCCAUGAUUUGAGGCACUCUCUGCUACCCGUCCCAGCUGUGAAAGCAGAGGUUGGUGUGCUCACCUGGCCACUAUCCACAACAUAAAUGAUGACGUCAGCCUUCUCUUCGUACAGCCGGUGCUUCAGGGUAGCCAAGUCCGAGGUGUCGUAGGUGUAACCUCCAUCUGACUUCACGAUGGUCAAGGGCACAGAGAAACCCGGGACAAACACGAUCUUCCGGCCAUUAUCAACCUGGACAAAGCCUAGCAAAGCAAUGGGAAACAUCCUGUGUCACACUGCACAGGCAGAAACACUCCCCUUCCCAGAUGCUACAAGAAAGGAGAGGCCACGCACUCAUCAAAUAAUUAACGGCUCAAAACCCCCCUAAACGAGAACUCCCUCACCAACCAAGUCACGUUCUCUAGUGCUCUUCCAGAACUCAAGAGUGUGCACAAGAGAGCAGACCUGUACACGUGGCCUCACCAGCAAAGACCUAAUUGCAUUUAAAAAUCUCCUGUUGCUGGCACCCAGAACCACCUUCACAGCCACAGCGACAGCAGCACAAAGUAUGGCAUUACAGGCAACAAACUCUACGGAGAUGCAACAAGGACUUUGUGUUAAGUCCUUCAGGGAUAAGACUAGUCAGAACACUUCAGAUGGUGAGAUUCAGAAACUGCCAAAUCCAGACAGGAACAUCUAAACCCAGAGACUUUGUUAUGCUCCACUUGGCUUCUUGCCAGUCUCAAAGUCAGCACGAUCCAAAAAUGCCACUGUCUUCAAAGAGAUUUCUCAGCCAAAGUUCCAGGCUAAGUUCCCCGUGUCUGUCCUGUCUCACUCCUUGAUACAAUAAAUUCCAGUAGCUCCUCAUGCUGUUGCCUAUAAAUAUCACUCACAAAGUGGUGUCAGCAAGAAAGAUUCCAGCUUUCUGGAAUGACACAUGUAAGAAUCAAUUCUGCUACUGCCACAGAAGAUCCACUCAGGAAAUGUGGCUGAGAAAGAAAAUGCAAGGGGUGGGGAACACAGAGCUUCAGAAGCAUCAGUCCUAAGCCCUGCUGAAGGGGAGUGAGGGAACCUCGCUCCUCCUGGCACCUCCCACUCGGAAUUUCUGACUCUGAGACCAAAAGCCUCACCUUUAUCUUCAAAUUCUUUCACGAUGUCUUUCAUCAUGUCGUGGUAGAACGAUUCUCCUCUCUCUAUCAGUGUGAUGUCCAAGCACUUGUAGAUUUUCUGGAACUCUUGAGGAGGGAAACAGAAAUACUUCCAUUCAGUGCAUGCAGUGGCAUGUGGGCAAUGGGAACAGCAAGUCCCUAAAGACACUGUCCAUCUCUCGCUCAAGCCACUAGACUAGGCCUCAGACUAGACUCAGGAGACAAAAGAUGUAGCUGGAAGCCUACACAGACAGCCCCCUACUUUGGUUGUGCCUGCUUUUCCUUUUAAGCUUCUCACAGCAGUGCAGCAGUGAUAUUUAACAGAAAACUAGAGGACGGGCCCAGGGACAAAGGUGAGGAAAGGCACACUGCUGUGCUGCCGAGACACGUUUCCGCACGCAGUGGAGUCACCUUUCCGUGACACGUCACAGAUGAGCUGCCAGGCUUUAAUGAAGUCGGGGUUCUUGCUCUGCAGCAGCACCACACAUUGGUAGGCACGUUUCUUAAACUCCUCCUCUGUGUCAAAUCUCUUCUUGGAUUCCUACAGUGAAACACAGCACAUGAAAAGCACCGCUUUCUCCCCUGAAACUGCCACUCGUGACAGGCUCUCCAGGCACACUCAUCUCAAAAGACAGAGAGGCAGCUUAAAAUGUCCUUUGACCAUAUCCCGUGCAGACAAUUCAACAUCAAACUGAGCACAGAUACAUCACACUUGUUUGUUACAAAUAAAUACCUUGUAAAAAGCCUGGAGAUCCCCAAUGGGAGGAGAAACAGUUAAGUAAUCUGGGAAUUUGUCUUGGAGGUGAGCAAUGAGCAUUCCAAACUGGGUGCCCCAAUCUCCUAAAUGGUUUAACCUUGAAGCAAUCAAAGAGCACAGUAACAAUGAUUUCUCAAACAGAUGCUUUGAAACACACCAUUUUAAUCAUUUAUAUUCUAAAAGAGACACACAUGAUGUCAGAAAACAGGCAAGUCCCCCCUAGUUUCCCUGCAAUGAAGCAGCUGCCAAUCUUGAUCCCUAACCCUGCUACACUUGCUCAGCUUAGUACCUUACCACACAUAAAGCAUGAUUUGUUAUGUGCUUAUAAACAAAGUCCAAUACAGACCAAAGCAGAGAUGUAAGUAAGUAUUGCAUAAAUUGAGCCAAACAAGCCCACACCCAGCCACAAGUGGACUCUCACCUCAGAACAUCAUGACCUGCAAACUCGAAGAGCCGGCUCAUGCUUUCUCCAAUGAUGGUAGAACGCAGGUGGCCAACAUGCAUCUCCUUUGCAAUGUUAGGGGCAGAAAAAUCCACCACCACCUUGGACACAGUACCAGAGGCAAGGAUGAAUAAAAGGCAGUAGUUGUUACCGUA